AUGUCCUGCGCUCUUUCCUGCCUCCGGUGGCAUUUAUGGGACGUGCUCAAGAGUGCGAUGUGCUGGAUGUCCCGUAGGCGCACCCUCUCACUACUGCUGUGCGUCCUCAGCCUGACUCCGGCGGCUUCAGGGGCGCGGCCAGAGACGCUGUGCGGGGCGGAGCUGGUCGACACGCUGCAGUUUGUGUGCGGAGAGAGGGGCUUUUAUUUCAGCAAGCCGACGGGUUACGGGCCCAACGCCCGGCGGUCGCGGGGCAUCGUGAACGAGUGCUGCUUCCAGAGCUGCGAGUUGCGGCGACUGGAAAUGUACUGCGCGCCCGCCAAGACCAGCAAGGCCGCGCGCUCGGUCCGCGCCCAGCGCCACACGGACGCGCCCAGGACCGCCAAAGUGGCCGGCGUGUCCGGCCACAAGACCGAAAAGGGCCCGGAGCGACGGGCGCCCGUGCAGACGGACAAGACAAAGAAUAAGAAGAGACCUUUGCCCGGACACAGUCACUCAGCCUUUAAGGACGUGCAUCCCAAAAACUCGAGUCGAGGCAGCGCCGGCCGAAGUUACCGAAUGUAG